AUGUCAAACCUUACAGAAGGGCAAACCGCCCAACAGCCUACCAAUAAAAAUGAAUUUGGGAACCUCAAUCUUUCAAUUGUUGGAUUGGGAGUUGAAUAUCCUCCAUUUUUACUUGAACCUUCAGCAUUAGACAUUCUAACCAAGCGUCACUAUCCCGAUUCUCCAGCAAUGAAAAAAGUCUGCACAAUCAACAAAUUCACCGGCAUUGAAACGCGCUCCGCAAUCGGCACCGUGGAUCACCCCAUGGCCAACAUGGAGCGCGCCCCCACCAUCACCGAACUCUGCACCAUAUUCCUACAAGACGGCGUCGCCCUCGCCGUAACCGCCUGUCGCAAAGCCCUUUACGAAGCGCAUCUCCAACCUUCCGACAUCACCCACGUCGUCAGCACCACAUGUACCAAUAGUGCCAAUCCGGGGUACGAUCAUUUCGUGUGCAAAGCACUAGGGAUCACGCAACCUGUGGAGAAGGUUCUGCUUCAUGGUAUUGGAUGUAGUGGCGGACUGGCGAGUUUGCGCACGGCGGCGAAUUUGGCGUUGGGACAUAGUUUCCGGGGGAAAAAAGCAAAGGUUUUGAUUAUGGCGCUGGAGAUUAGUUCGUUGUUGGUGAGGAGCGAAUUGGAUAGUGUGCAUGAGUUACAGGAGACGAGGAUUGGUGUUACGCUGUUUAGCGAUUGUGCGAGUGCGUGUGUACUCAGUAAUGGGAUUGGUGAGGAAGAAGAGGAGAGCGUGUAUGAUUUGUUGGGUUGGGAACACAAGAUGAUUCCAGAUACGGAACAUGAUUUGGGAUUUGAUGUUGAUCCUCUGGGUUGGAAAGUGAUCCUUUCUCCCCGCGUCCCCAAACUUGCCGCCGAAGCCGUCUCUCCCAGCUACGACUCCCUCAUGUCCAAUCUCCCCUCUCUCCCCGCCUCGUACCGCUCCCCCGCCGACUUCGACUGGGCGCUCCAUCCCGGCGGCGCAACCAUCCUAACCGGCGUUGAAAAAGCCAUGAACAUUUCACCCGAACACAUGCGAGCUUCAUACGAUACAUAUAUGAAACAUGGAAACUCAUCCAGCGCGACGAUUUUCAGCGUGAUGGAUCGAUUACGAUCUAAAGAUAUGGACGCCCUUACACCUGGAGGAAGAGGUCCCAAAGAAAUGGUUGUGGGAUGUGCUUUUGGACCGGGUAUCGCUAUAGAAAUGUGUUUGAUGAAGCGCAAUCUAAGCCACGUCAAACGAGAGUGGGAUGGCGGGGUACAGAGCGGGGUUGGUGGGGAAGUUACACCGCCUCUGACGGAAAGUGAGGGGACGAGGAGUGUGAGUGAAGGGGAGCUAGAGCCUGAGGAUUUGGCAAAAGUAAAGGAGUCGGGGAAUCAAUUGGAUGAAAAAUUACAGAAAGUGGAACCGGGCAUACCGGAACAAAAUGCGCAGGUUGAGAUUCAGGGCAAGGAGAAUAUUCAACUGGAUAGCUUGGAGGAAGCACUUAAUGGUGUGCAGCUCGACUAA